AUACAAGUUAUUGGCACCAAAGGCAUAUAUAUCUAAACAAUAUAUAGGUGAAUCAGAAACUGUUUUUUCAAAGCAAGAAAUCUCUGAAAAGUGAUUAUGGCAGCAACAACAGCUUCAUCACUACAAACAUUCGACAUCAUAAUCUUAGGAGCAACAGGUUUCACUGGCAAACAUGUUCUCAAACAAGCUCUCAAAUUCUUCAACAACAACAAAAACAGCAAUCUUAAUUUCAAUUCCAUAGCCAUAGCUGGUAGAAACCAAUCAAAAUUAACACAAACUCUUAACUGGGCAACCCGACCCGACCCACCACCUUCAAUUCCAAUCCUCAUCGCCGAUACAACCGACCCAACUUCACUCCGUUCACUCUGUCUCAAAACCCGUCUCAUACUCAACUGCGUCGGCCCCUUUCGCAGCCACGGCGAGCCUGUCGUGGCGGCGUGUGUUGAAACGGGUUGUGAUUAUUUGGAUAUAACGGGUGAGUCUGAGUUUAUGGAUCGGGUUGAAAUUGGGUAUCAUGAAAAAAGUGUAAAAAAUGGUUCUUUGAUUGUUUCUGCUUGUGGGUUUGAUUCUGUUCCUGCUGAGAUUGGUUUGUUGUUUCAUUUGAAGCAAUGGGUUGGUGGGUGUUUGCCAUAUAGGGUUGAGGCUUUUUUGAGUGCUGAGUCUGAGAAGAAAAUGGUUGGGAAUUUUGGAACUUUUGAAUCUGCUGUUUUAGCUGUUGCUGAUUUGAAAGAGAUGAGACUUAGAAGAGAUGCACAAGUAAUCAAAAGAGCAAAGCCUGUGAUUCCAGGUCCCAUUCCUAAAGGAAAAAUAAUCGAACACCAGAAGAAAAUUGGCCUUUGGGGAAUAACACUACCGUCAGCAGAUGCAACCUUAGUUGGAAAAACAUUUUCGACUCUAACAGAAAACCCUAACGGUCUCCAAGGUUUGGACGAGAGUCCCGAAACAGUUGAGAAAAGGAAAGUCUUUUGGUCAUCUGUGAAACCGGUACAUUUUGGUGUGAAGUUAGGCUCAAAAUCUUUGUUAGGCAUUUUUGGAUACAUCACAUUUGGUGUAAUCCUAGGUCUUUUCGGAAGUACAAGUUUUGGAAGAUGGCUUCUUUUGAAAUAUCCUUCAAUCUUUAGCCUUGGUGGUUUCAGCAAGAAUGGUCCUUCUGAAGAGGAAGUGGAAAGUGCUUCAUUCAAGAUGUGGUUUGUUGGACACGGUUUUAGCGAUGAGAGUCUUGCUGCAAAAGAAAACUCAAAACCUGAUACGGAAAUUAUAACGAGAAUAACCGGACCCGAAAUGGGUUAUGUAACAACGCCGAUAAUUAUGAUUCAGUGUGCUCUUAUAAUUCUUAGCCAAAGAAAUAAUCUACCAAAGGGAGGAGUUUACACUCCAGGGAUUGUAUUUGGUCCAACUGAUCUUCAAGAAAGACUUGAACAAAAUGGAAUAUCUUUUGAUGUCAUCUCUAAAAGUAAGCUAUCUUCUUGAUCAUUGUAGAUCAUUAUUUGGUUGGAAGAGAAUAAAAAUUAGCUUGUGUCUUUUGAGAAUAUUGAUUUGUAAUCAAGCAGGGAGAGAAUUUUUUUUUUUUUUUGUUUCAUUUGUUUACACUAUAGUUGUAAUGAUUAUAACCAGCGGCAAGAUCAUUUUUGUCAAGUAGUUUAGUGGCUAAAAUUUUAUCUUUUAAGAUGAAUAAGUGAAUGUACCGAUGUUUGAAUCCC